AUUUACUUCCGCGUUGCAACACGAACACUCACAGUUAAUAGGUCAACUUAAUUAUCAAUGUUCAUCAUAACAUGAUCAAUAUUUAGCGAGUUAUGGAUGUGUAGUUCUCUAUAUGGGGAAUUGACGUACCGAUGAUUGCAGAUAAUUGCAAAUAAACAAUUGUAACAAAAAUGUCGGAUUACCGGGAUGUCUUUCGAAAGCCGGAAACCCAGAACUGGUUUAAGGCGGCCAUGGGUAUGAACAUCACACGUGACUGCCUGCUCCACAUUGUAAAAGAGGCUAUACACGAAUUUUAUCAUACGAUCCGUAAAGAGAUAAACCGAAAACACGGAAUCCUGGAGAACGCUGUCUGCAGUCAGUGUCACACUCCUAACGUGCUGCCUUGUGAUACCGAUAAUAAAUGCUGCAAAUACAGAAAAUGCGCAUUUCAUGCAAUUUACAAGCCGCAGAAUUGCCCCAGUAACAAUUUAUGUAAUGACAUAUGUACUGAAAUUGUAGAAAAUCACCGAUUCCGCAAUCGUUCAAAGCCAAAAAGCUUUCAAGGCCCCACCUGGGUAAACACCGAUGCGUGCAAAUGGUGUGUACACUCGUGGCAGAUUGCAAAAUGUUAUCUCUCAAAAGACGGCUACAAAGACGUAAAUCAAGCAGAAGAUACCGACUUCAAUGGCAUAGUAAAUGUCAUAUACAACUGUGAAUUCUUUCAAAGAUAUUUUGCGGAGGACCUGACAAUAACGGAAAAUGUCUGCACAAAGGCUAGAGAUGUUGGGCGUGACGUUCGCCAUGCGCCCUCGAACGCCAUGACUCAACAGGAGAGUGACCGAGCCAUCGACACUCUAGUAGCGUUGUUGCAGAGCCUUAAACAUGCCGAUCACCAGGCUGCUUCGAAGUCUGCAGUGGACAAAUUAACACAGUUGAAGAACAAUACACUGGCUAUAACAGACGAAGAUGUAACGAAGAUUCUUGAAGCAUUCAAAGAAAGUUUGACAGAAGAAAUCAAAAGAAUUCUCUUAGACGAAAAGGACAAACUUGUAGUUACAAUGGAGAACACGGGCAAAAGCAUCACUGCAGAAAUCAUAAAAGCUGGAGAAGAACAAAUUGCGAUUAUAAAGAGGACAAAUGAAGAAAAUUCAUGCAUAAAAAGCAAACGUGCAAGCAAGGGCUUGGACUCGGACCAAGAUCCAGGAAGAACUGGCAAUGACAUUGCACCGGGCGCAUCGAUUGAGAGUCCAUUUGCAAGAGACAGUCCAUUAUUCAAAAUUAAGGCCUGGUUAAUAGAACAGUACCAGUCGAAUUGUGUCGCGCCGGUGUCGAUGCUGGAUCCUGACAUAGAUGUACCUUUAGAACGGAUCUACGUUCCCCCGUCCAUCAACGAACUUAAGAGAGGCCAGGAAGAUAGAUGUGGCGGGAUUGAGACGGACAAUACAUCAAGGGGGGAAGCCGACGUGAGUUGCUACAAAGAGUUGCUUCAUCGUGACGGGAAUCAGAUUAAUACAAUUUACAUCCAAGGCGAUCCGGGUUGUGGCAAAACGACCUUUUCAACAAAACUGGUUCUUGAUUGGUGUAAUGUCCAUUCGGAAAAUAUUAUCAGCACUAAAACAAAUAUCCCGACAAUGACCACUUCCAGCAAGGAGACGUCGAAAGAAACACAUUUCAGCGAUCUUGACGCUUUGCGAGACUACACAUUUCUGUUCUUUGUGUCAUUACGUGAUUACAGUGGAUCAAUGUGUAACGUCAGUCAGAUGGUCGAGGAUGCAAUAAAAAGCAACAAAUUACCUUGGGAUGACAGUGUCUGGGAACAUAAAUGCAUUGUUCUUACAGACGCCGCAGACGAAUGGUACCACCCCGAUUUAUCCUUUCCUCGGCCAUGUGACUAUGCUUGCAGGUGCGGUAAAGACCGGAGUAUGCCGCUGUACUUACAGCGAAAAAACAUUACCAACAUUAUAACCGCACGACCGUGGAAACUUGCCAACCGCAGGGUGAGCGAUAGCUUAACGCGUAUGUUCCAAAUUUCCGGCGUUGCGAACUACCAAACCUUGGCGGAAAAUGUCAUUAAUGUUUUAGCUGAGAAAGACGGUAUUUUGCAAAAGGCUCAACAAAGCAAAUGCAAUGAUUUCUUGAAGAAAUUAAAGAACAAAAACAUGAUAAAUCUCAUGACAAUACCAGCUAUUUGUGUGCAACUCGUUCAUCAGUUUUACGUUGGACGUUUAAUGGAAGAUUCAUUAUGUGCUAUAUACAUGAAUAUGCUAGAUAUGCACAUAGCCAAGGGGUUGCACAAACUUCAAAUUGAAAGAUUUUGACACUGAAGAAAUUUGCGUUAAAGAAAUAGAACACAUAUUUGGAACCGGAAAAAAUAAGUAUAUGUCGGCUAAUGGGUCGCUGGUUCGCUCUGCAAGUGCGCUUGCGUUUAAAACACUAACAGACUCUAGUAAACAAUCGUCGCUAGUCUUUGCGGAAAACACAAUCGCAAACCACAUGACGAAAACACAACUUGAUUACUUACUUCAGACAGGGAUUAUCACAAAGAAAAAAUCGUUGGCGCUUAGCCCGCAAAAGAAUAUUCCAUACAUGUUUGUACACAAAACUAUUCAGGAGUUUCUAGCAUCGAUGCAUAUUGCAAUUAAUCAGACGGAUAUUGAAGACAUCCUGAAAGACAUACAGAGGGUGAAUUGUGAUGGUGAGUCUAUUCUGGACAUCGGUCAGUUAUUUAUCUUUACGUGUGGAAUGUGUGCUCCAGUGGCUGAAAGAAUGUCAAAGCACAUGAUGGAUGUCAUAACAAGCGACAUGAAAAGCCAGCUGCUUUCUAUUUCAGACCAGGAGAUGGAUCUAUUUUCCACGCCUUAUUUAGCACAAAGAAUUUUAUUGGGUGGCUUUAUUGAAAGGUUGGCGAAUAAACAGCCGUGCUUACAACUGACACUCACUCAUAUAUCACUUGAUGAUUAUAGAAGACCUACCAUCAAGGAAAUCGAUGCUUUAAAUACGUUAAUAGAUAUGAACAUCUCAAAC